UGCCAUAGGUUUGAUAGGGAAUUAAUUUGCAUAUUAUAAUGUCUAAAUUACAUCGACGAACGUCGAUUUCUCAUACCAAGAUCGGUGGAGCAAAUAAGCCAGACGACGUUGAAAGAAAAUUAUUUUCCCAUAUUCCCGAUCUGGUUAUUUUUGACAAAAAUUAUGGAAAAGUACCACAUAUUCUUAAAUUCGAUGGAGUUUUACUGUUUGCUGAUGUAUCCGGCUUCACUGCCCUUACAGAGAGGUAUACGAUGUCAAGCGAGAAAGGCACUGAUGCCCUCACAGUAACUUUAAACGAUUACAUUGGUAAAAUUGUACAAUUUAUACUUCAAGCCGGCGGAGACAUUCUUAAAUUUGCGGGUGAUGCAAUUCUAGCCGUGUGGAAAGUAAAAGAGAGGUCGGAUCUAAAGCACGCUAUUUCCCAAGCAACAAAGUGUAGCCUAGCUAUUCAAGAUAAAUGUGACAACCAAGCAACCGAUGUUGGUGUUAAACUUCGUGUAAAAAUUGCUAUCAGCGCGGGAAAAAUAUUUGCAACCUUCGUUGGAAACCAGGAAUGCCGCCAUUUUGUCAUGGCUGGUCGCCCUGUUACCGAAGUAAAUGACGCCGAAAAAUAUUGCGAAGCUGGCUUGGUUGUUCUUUCGCCAAAUGCUAUGGAGUUAUCAGAUAAAGAAAAUAUCAUUUCAGAAGCUUUGUCAGAACGGUUCGGACUGGCACGUCAUUUACGCCGCGAGCCAAAGAAGGAAUGGAAUGAAUACGUCGACAUACCACAGGGUCUAAAAUUCACAAAAAAUGCAGAAAAAAGUAUUCGAAUUUGUCUUGGCAUAAGAUCAGACACAACCAGAGAGCUGGUGGUACGCAAAUAUAUAUCGCCUGUUGUUCAACGGAAACUAGACGACGAUCAACCGUUGAAAUAUCUUUCGGAGAUGCGACAAUGCUCUAUUCUCUUCAUUAACCUUGCAUUUGAUUUGAGUCCUCGUGAUCGUUUGUUUCACGAAAAGCAGUGUCAAAACAUGCAAAGUUCCUUCAGUAUAGUGUACACUAACAUAAUGGAUCGACAAGGUUCCCUAAAUAAGAUUUUCAUGUUUGACAAAGGUUGUACGUUUCUUGUAAUUUUUGGUCUACCCGGAGAUAAACACGAACAGGAACCAGCACACGCUUUGCAAGCAGCUUGGAAUAUCAACAAGGAACUGCAUGAAACCAUCCCCACUUUAACAUUAUCUUCAAUGGGAGUAACCACUGGCCCGGUGUUUUGUGGUGUGAUUGGUCAUACUGAGAGACAUGAAUACACUGUGAUUGGACAAAAGGUGAAUCUGGCUGCCAGAUUAAUGAUGCACUACCCAAACCAUGUGUCAUGUGACUUCGAAACUUACAACAACUCAAAGCUCUCCAAAGACAUGUUCACAAGAUUGCCACAUCGAGCUAUGAAAGGAGUGGGGAACGUAGUGGUUUAUGAUUACACAGAAGGAGAGAGGAAAUCCGCUGGAACAACAACUGUUGUUGAACCAAAAUAUCCAAUUAUUGGGAGAUUUGAAGAAACUGAACUUUUUAUGACCGAGCUGAGAGAACUCAAAGUUUCACAAUCAUUGGGUAAAGAACGAAGAGUGAUCGUGUUUGAAGGUGAAGCAGGUUAUGGUAAAACAAGGAUGAUGCAAGAAAUACAGUGGCGAGCAGGUUCAGAAGGUGUUCGCGUGAUUGCAUUUACGUUAUCCAUCAAUGAUCUCAAUUCACCGUACUUUGCCAUGAAAACACUUGUAGAGUUGUUACUUGGAAUUGAGGGGUGCAAGGAUCAGAAUAUACGAGAACAAUCUUUACUUCAGGCUGUGGAUAAGGAGGAUGAAGAUCAACUAUGUCUUCUAAAUGAUAUUGUAAUGGUCAAAUUUCCAAUGUCAUCUAAGAUUGAGCAAAUGGAUUCAGAAAAUCGCACCCGUGUACUUCAUCGAAUUUUGGUUCAUAUGGUGCAAAAGAUCACUGCUAACCAAUUUGUUUUAUUUGCUCUUGAUGAUGCUCAAAAUGUGGACAGUGACUCCUGGAAAUUUAUUACAACAUUGAGUAAAGAUUCUCGUGCUUUGUGUGUGCUUACGAUGAGACCGUUCAGCCCCGAUAAACCUCCAUGUCAAUCUGCAAAGCAGGUGCUGUAUCAUCCAAAGACAAUGUAUGUGAAGCUAGGUGGUUUAAUGAAUGAGCAUCUAACUCCACUGGCAUGUCAGUUUUUACAAGUUGAACGAAUUCCACUUGAGUUGGAAAUGAUACUUGUGCAACGAAGCUAUGGAGUUCCUCUAUGGUGUGAGCAAUUGGUAAAGGAGAUGAACACAGCUGGAAUUCUAUUAAUUGUUCCACUGAAUGACAGACACCUGUUAAAUAGCGAUAAAAAACACGGAGAAAGUCAACACAAGUUUAACCUUUCACGUCACAGACCAAGUGUUGGAGUGGCUGAUAGGUCGCUGAUAGAACGGAGAAAAGAAUCUCAGUUUGAAACAACUGUUGCCAGACAAGGAAGUGAAACCUUCAGCAAAGCAAAUUUGAAUCAAAGUGACAAAGAAAAAGACAUGUCGCCAAACAAAGAAGUGGAUGAACAGACACAUGUGGAAAAUGAUGAGGAUCAACAAAAUUCAUAUCAGUCGGGGAGAUUGAAGAAAAAUAAGCAUUCCAUGAAGUCAUGGACAGAUCGUAUUAAAUGGAGAAACAACAGUAAAACUGAUAUGGGCAACUUUUUAAACCAAUCAAAUGAGGAAAUUUCUCAGGAAAGUUCUGAAACUAAAAUUAAAAUUCAAACACAGACAAGUUCUGUAGCCAUGGAAUGUGUAGUAAAACCAGGUUUUGAUCUAAGCAAGUUCCCUGUGCCUGCAUCUAUAAGGGGUAUGGCACUCACAAGAUUAGAUCGUAUGAAGCCAUUUGAACAACUGGUUGUAAAAUGUGCAGCUGUGGUUGGUGGUAAUGUUUCUAUUCAGAUGCUUCAAUCUAUUGUACCUGGAUACCAAGAAGAGAAAUUUCGUCGGGCAGUUUUUCAGCUGAUGCGAUCACGUGUGUUUGAAUGUGCAUCUGCUGAUGUUUCAGAAAGAGAUUUAAACCGAAAGAAAAGCAUUCAGCUUGGUGGUAUGUCACCUUGCAUAACAUGUGCGUGUCAUAAAGUAUCAACGUUUGGUGGCGAUGAUGUAAUGAAUAAAGAUGAGCAAGUUGCAAAAAGAUGUGAGCAAUAUAAGUUUCGUAACUCUCUUGUGCAAGAAACUGCUUAUCAACUUUGGUUAAAAGAUCAAAGAAGAUCGCUCCAUGAAGCUUGCGCUCAUUACUUGGAAGGGAAAAUUAAUGAGGUGCUUAUUACUGGAUCAACAGAUGAAGUGGUCACAAAACAAUUUCGAUUGUCAAGAAAUUCAGAAGCAAAAAAUGAUGAGAAAGAGACAGAAAGUUCGAUGGCUCUUCCUACAAUAGAUCUAACAAGUGAAGAAAAUUCAGCACCAGUUGAUCAAGAUGGCAAGUUGAAUAUUGAAAAAGAGAAGGAAACCUGUAGUACCAUGCUUGGUGUGCCUGACGCUGGUUCAAGACGAUUAUCUCGUUGUUCUGUGAUCGGUAGAAUGAAUAUAGAUGGUGUCGGUGCACGGAAGUCAUUUUCUAGACCUCUUGUACUGCAAGCAGAAAACAUGCCAGCGGAUUACACAUUACAUACUAACAAUGAAAACCAAGUAAACCAUGUUCGUUUUCAAAUUGAAAAUCAAGAAAAUAAAGGCAUUGAAGAGAUUGAAAAUGUUCAGGAAAUGCUAAAUCCACUUUCUGAAGCAAUUGGUAGUGCAGAACAAAGCAGGAAGAUGAGCCUUGGACCGAUGUGGUCGCAAUCAGUUGGUUUAUCAGCAACUUAUGAACGUGUUAUUAACAACACAGAAGAACAAGCUAAAAGAUUAUCUGCAUUGACCUUGCAAAUAUCAAGGACACCAUAUGAAAUUCAAGAUACAUUGUCUUUGCUUUAUUCUCAACUUGUUCAUCAUUGUCAGAAAGCAUCAAACACAGAGAAGACGAUUGAAUAUUAUUUAAAAGCUGCUGAAUCAAGCAUAGCAACCAUGCACCUUGCUCCUGCAUUGCAAUAUUUACAAGAUGUGAACAAAAUCGUGGAUAAUUUAGACAAGGGUCUGGACAUUAUUUCAAAUUUCACAGAAGAUGAUGAUCUUAAUCUAGAUGACACUAAGGUUCUUUCAGUUGGUCGUGAUACACAAGCAAAAAUACAAACGCUGCUUGGCCAAGUGCUAUUUCAGCAAGAUCAACUAGAUGAAGCUCUUCCACACUUUCUUAAAGCUCUUAAGAUACUGCAUUGCAAAUUACCGACGAACAGAAUUAUUAUUUGGAUUCAGACUAUGUAUGAAAAACAUGUUCAAAAUCUGCACAUUAAACAACCAAGCAAAUACAUAGGCAGCGCAUCCAGUAAGCUUGCGAACAAAUAUGUUGAACAAGUGAGAUGUCUUUCAUAUGUCUGGCAGAUUCUGCUAAACCAAAGCAAUUUUCCAAAUAAAAUGCAGCUAUCCAAGCUAGUUGCGUAUUUACAGUUAAACAGAGCAGAAGCAGCAGAUGAUGAUCUACAAGAGUUAAUUACAGCUUAUACUUACAUGAUGCAGUUUCAUCAUAUUGCUGGUGAUAUAUCACAAAGUGCAUAUUAUGAAAACAGGGCAACUGCCAGGUGUUUGGAUUUGCCAAAAAAACUCACCUCGCCUGAUUUGUACAUCACUGGUCAUCUGCAAUUGGUUAGCUGUUCAGUACGUUUAUGUUAUGGGAAACUUUCUCAUGCAACAACUGCUGGUUACAGAGCUUAUAAUAUUGCAGACACGCUUGGAGACACUCACAUUAAACUAAUUGUUUUACCUUUGCUUGCUCAAAUCCACAUGAUGACAGCAAAGGGCCGAGCUUGCAACGAGGUUCUUAAUUUGCUUCAAUCUAUUUCGAAACAGGAUUUUGAUGAAAUUGGCAUCUCUAUAUAUUAUUCUCUUUCUUUUGACCUUGUAUUAGAUGCAGGUUACAUGCUUGAGAGUGCUUUAUCAUGUGUGGAUUAUUUACAGACAACAGAAUCUCUAGAUAUUGGGGAUGUUCCACGUUUUUACAUACGAACAAGUAUGGCUGUGUGGUGCUAUAGAAGGGAUGAAGUGUUUAAAGGAAGAGCUUGGCUUGAGCUUUCAACGAAAAUUGUGCCGGAAUAUUUUGACAACUUCAUGUCAGCAAAAUCAUUCACAAGAUUGGUAGAAGCAAGAUUAUUAGCUCUGAGAAAGUCACAAGAAUCUUAUGGACUAAAUGACAAAGAAACCAAAAAUGCUCACAGAAAUUGCUCAUCAUCAAUUAACCAAUUGGAGAAACUGUGUAAACAAUUCCCUGUGUUUUAUCCGCGCUUAUUUCAUUUCACUUCAUUUUUCAACAUUUUGACUGGAAAUAUUCAAAAAGCCACAGAACUGGUUGAUAAAUCUAUUAAGAUGGCCCGCACUUGUGGUAAUGUUAUCGAUGAGAAGUGGGCAUUACAUAGCCAGCAAAUCUGGUUUUCUUCUGAACAACGAGAAGAUUCUGAUUACUGGGUGAAAUGUUCAACAGAAUUGCCGAAAUGGGAAAAAGCAAUUAAACAAGAUCGUGUUGGAUGGAAUUUCACAUUGAAACCUGUUGAUUCAUAUCUUAUUUCAAACUGAUGAAUCAUUAUGCCAGACAGUGUAUUUUAACUUGUAUAAAACUCUUUUAAAUACAUGUCCAUAACUGACAA